CGACAUCUCUUCACACGGUGAAGAGAGAGAGAAACGGAGGAGCGACGAUGAUGACCGGAGUGGCCGACGACGAGGACAAAUGGCUCGCGGCGGGCAUCGCCGGCCUCCAGCAGAACGCCUUCUACAUGCACCGCGCCAUGGACACGAACAACCUCAGGGACGCCCUCAAGUACUCGGCGCAGAUGCUCUCCGAGCUCCGCACCUCCAAGCUGUCCCCGCACAAGUACUACGAGCUCUAUAUGAGGGCAUUCGACGAGAUGAGGAAGCUGGAGAUGUUCUUCAAGGAGGAGACGAGGCGGGGUUGCUCCAUUGUGGAUCUCUACGAGCUCGUGCAGCACGCGGGCAAUAUUUUGCCCAGAUUGUAUCUUCUCUGCACUGUAGGAUCCGUUUACAUUAAAUCUAAAGAGGCUCCUGCCAAGGACAUUCUAAAAGAUCUUGUGGAAAUGUGCCGAGGUAUCCAGCAUCCUUUACGUGGACUCUUCUUGAGGAGUUACCUCUCUCAACUUAGUAGGGAUAAACUACCUGAUAUUGGAUCUGAGUAUGAAGGAGAUGCUGAUACAAUUACGGACGCAGUGGAAUUUGUACUCCAAAACUUUACCGAGAUGAACAAACUUUGGGUGCGGAUGCAGCAUCAGGGACCUGCUCGGGAAAAGGAGAAACGGGAGAAGGAAAGAAGCGAGCUGCGUGAUCUUGUUGGGAAAAACCUGCACGUCCUUAGUCAGAUAGAGGGUAUUGACCUUGACAUGUACAAAGAUACUGUGCUUCCUAGAGUGCUGGAGCAGGUUGUCAACUGUAAAGACGAGAUUGCUCAGUAUUACUUGAUGGAUUGCAUUAUUCAAGUAUUUCCUGAUGAGUAUCACUUGCAAACACUUGAGGUCUUGUUGGGUGCAUUUCCCCAGCUUCAGGCAUCCGUUGACAUCAAGACGGUGUUAUCCCAGUUAAUGGAAAGGCUCGCGAGUUAUGCUGCUUUAAGUUCUGAAGUGUUACCUGAAUUCUUACAGGUUGAAGCUUUCUCAAAGUUGAAUAGUGCGAUUGGGAAGGUGAUAGAAGCACAGCCUGAUAUGCCGGUUGUUGGAGCUGUAACCUUAUAUUCAUCUCUUCUUAAGUUUUCUCUCCAUGUUCAUCCCGAUCGACUGGAUUAUGCAGAUCAAGUCUUGGGAUCAUGUGUCAAGCAGCUCUCUGGAAAGGGGAAGAUUGAAGACAGUAAAGCAACAAAACAGAUUGUUGCUCUUUUAAGUGCUCCGCUUGAGAAGUAUAAUAAUGUGGUUACUGCCUUGAAGCUUUCGAACUAUCCCCGCGUUAUGGAGUACCUUGACAAUGAAACAAAUAAAGUGAUGGCAACUGUUAUAAUUCAAAGCAUUAUGAAGAACAAUACGCGUAUUUUGACUGCUGACAAGGUUGAGGCAUUGUUUGAACUAAUAAAGGGACUUAUCAACGAUUUGGAUGAAACUCUUCAUGAUGAGGUCGAUGAAGAUGAUUUCAAGGAGGAACAAAAUUCCGUUGCACGUCUUAUUCAGAUGCUGUAUAAUGAAGAUCCAGAAGAGAUGUUUAAGAUUAUAUGUGUUGUGAAGAAGCAUAUCUUGACUGGAGGGCCAAAACGCCUAUCCUUCACUGUUCCUCCGCUUGUUUUUUCCUCUCUUAAGUUGGUCAGACAAUUGCAAGGCCAAGAUGAAAACCCUUUUGGAGAUGAGGAGUCAACUUCAACCAAAAAAAUUUUCCAGCUCUUGAAUCAGAUUGUUGAGGCAUUGUCCAGCAUUCCGGCACCUGAUCUGGCAUUGCGGUUAUACUUGCAAUGUGCUGAGGCUGCAAAUGAUUGUGACUUGGAGCCGGUUGCGUAUGAAUUUUUUACUCAGGCAUAUAUUAUAUAUGAGGAGGAAAUUUCUGAUUCCAGAGCUCAGGUGACUGCAAUGCAUCUAAUAAUAGGAACUCUUCAGAGGAUGCAUGUUUUCGGUGUUGAGAACAGAGAUACUUUGACGCACAAAACUACAGGGUACUCUGCUAAGCUAUUGAAGAAGCCUGAUCAAUGCAGAGCCGUAUAUGCGUGCUCUCAUCUGUUUUGGGUGGAUGAUCAAGACAACUUGAAAGAUGGAGAAAGGGUCAUGCUUUGCCUGAAACGUGCAUUGAGAAUUGCGAAUGCUGCCCAACAGAUGUCCAAUGCAACAAGAGGGAGCACUGGUUCAGUGAUGCUCUUUGUUGAGAUUCUAAACAAGUAUAUAUAUUUCUUUGAGAAGGGGAAUCCGCAGAUAACCGUUGCUUCAAUUCAAAGCCUGAUGGAAUUGAUUACCACUGAGAUGCAAAGCGACACUACCACCCAAGAUCCAGCUGCCGAUGCUUUCUUUGCCAGUACGUUGCGUUAUAUACAGUUCCAGAAACAGAAAGGAGGUGCCAUUAGCGAGAAGUAUGGGACCAUCAAGGUGUCAGAUUCUUGAUAAGUCGAUCCGCUCGCCAACGGGCUACAGUCAACAUUUUGCUCCAGAGACACACUGCUUGAGUUUGUCUGCUACAGCAUGGGUCGCCGGUUAACCACGCGUAAAUAGAUUUUGUGAUAGGAAAAUCCAAUGCCUGACCCUUUAGUGCAGCCAGGGACUUAAAAGAGAGUAAUCCUACCUUUGUUUGUGAGCCAGAGUCACCCAUUUCUACGAAGCAGAUAAGAGGGGUCGUCGCAAGUAUUUUGCGCCACUGUGAAUACUGUUUGUUGUUGUCAUGUUAGUUUUCUUUUAAUUGAUAGUUGAAAUUCUGAGAGAA